CAGGGAGAGUUCGGGUGCGCCGGCGGUGGGGAGGGCUUGCUCUGAGAGGGCGGCGGUGAGAAGAGGCCCACGGGCAGGUUCUGAGACAUUUCGGAGCGUUUGUUGCUGUGUUGGCUCACGGGGCUUAGCGAAUGGGGACGGCGGAGGGGAAGGAGUCGGUGUGAAACAGCGCCGAGGCCCCUGACAGCGAUGGAGGUCUCGGCGGCAGGGCGGACGCUCAGCGCUUCCGACGCGGGGCCAGAGCACGUGAGGAUGUGCUCCCGAGGAGGCGAGUUGGGAGGUGGAGGGAAGAGCAGGCCUUGUUCCUCCCAGGAGGAGGCUGAAUUAUGGAAAUGGGAAGUGAAGAAGAAAAAUGGGAGAAGCUGGAUGCGGAAUUUGAUCACUUUGUGGUAGAUAUGAAGCCCUUUGUUCUAAAAUUACCCCAUAGGUCAGAGCGGCAGAGGUGUGCACUUUGGAUUAGAAAACUGUGUGAGCCUUCAGGAACAGGAGCGGGAGUCACAGGCAGGAGGAAUCGGAAUCUGUAUGCAAAGCUCUUACUGCACAUGCUCAGGCGAGGGGCUCUCGAGGGCCCUUUCACCCACCGCCCUGAGCCAGGGACGCUGAAAACUUUACCUUCGUACAUGUCCAUCUAUUUUGAUGAACCAAAUCCAGCACAAGCCAAAGGGUCCAGCCCAGAAGGAUUACCAGACUGGGUGAUGGGUGAGCUGGGGAACGGUGAGCGCAGAUUCAGCGAAUCACGGACGCUUUCUUCUGGAGAAGAUUGCUCUUUGGUACAGUCGCUGACCCAUGUCCACAGGGAACAAUGCAUUGCAAAGCUCCAAACCAGAUCACAGUCUAUGAGUCCAACCUACAGAGAAGAUGGACAGAUUAUUACCCCAAAGAGUUGUGAAAUUCAUUCGAAGAAAUCUGCUCUUUCUUUGGAUGACAGUGACAUCGAAGCUCGCCUUAAUAGUUGGAAUCUUGGGGUAAAAAAGUAUUUGUUUCAUAUAGAAAAUCCUCGGUACCUGAGACAGAAGCCUAUCCCAGUUACUUUGAUGACUCCCAAAUUCAGCCUGAGAAAAUCCAGCAGUCUCCAGGAUGAUCAGUUACUGUCUCGAAUGCAUGAGAAGGAGUUGGACAUGAAAACAAAAAUGAUGGAAGCUAAGUAUCAUGAAGAGAAACUUAAACUGCAACAGAAACAUGAUGCUGAUGUUCAGAAGAUUUUAGAAAGAAAGAAUAAUGAAAUAGAAGAAAUGAAAACUUUAUACAAAAAGAAACAAAAUGAAAUGGAGGAGACUAUUAGAAAACUUGAAAAGAAAGUUCAGACCCUCAUACGUGAAUGUCAAGUUAUCAGAGAGACCAAAGAUAACCAGAUUGCAGAGUUAAAAAAGAUAUGUGAACAAAGUACAGAAUCUCUGAAUAAUGAUUGGGAAAAAAAGCUCCACAAUGCUGUAGCAGAAAUGGAAAAGGAAAAGUUUGAACUUCAGAGGCGGCACACUGAAAACAUUCAAGAACUGCUAGAGGACACAAACGCACGUCUGAACAAAAUGGAGGGCGAAUACGUGGCCCAGACACAGUCCACAAACCAGAUGAUCAAAGAACUGGAGUCCCGCGUCCAGCAGCUGACUGGAGAAGCAGAGAACAGUAAUACACAGAAGCAGAAAUUAAUUCAAGAAAAAUUGGAACUUGAGAGAUGUUACCAGAUAACAUGUAAUGAAUUACAAGAAGUAAAGGCAAGGCGCAACACACUGCAUAAAGAGAAGGAUCAUCUUGUAAAUGAUUAUGAGCAAAACAUGAAACUGUUACAAACCAAAUAUGAUGCCGAUAUAAACCUUCUGAAAAAGGAACAUGCUCUUUCAGCUUCUCAGGCAUCUGGUAUGAUUAAAGAAUUAGAACAGAACAUCUGUCAAUUAAAACAGCAGUUACAGGAAUUAGAACUUCAAAGAAAGCAACAAUUAAAGGAUCAAGAAAAUAAGUUUCAAAUGGAGAAAUGUCACUUAAAACGCACCUAUGAGAAAAAGGUUCAUGACUUGCAGACUGAACUUGAUAAAGAAAAAGAAGAUGCUCAAAAGAAAAUCCAUAAAUUUGAGGAGGCUUUGAAGGAAAAAGAGGGGCAGCUCGCCCGUGCGACUGAGGCUCAGAGGCUGCAGGCACAGCAGGCAGAUGCUGCACUGGAGGAGUUCCAGCGGCAGGUAGAGCUGAGCGCGGAGAAGGUCUAUGCGGAAAUGACAGAGCAGAUGGGAAAAGUGGAAGCCGAUUUAACUAGAUCCAAGUCUCUUCGUGAGGAGCAGUCGAAGGAGUUUCUGUGGCAGCUGGAGGACGUCAGGCAAAGAUACGAGCAGCAGAUAGUAGAGCUGAAGCUGGAGCACGCACAGGAGAAGACGCACCUAUUACAGCAGCAUAACGCAGAGAAGGAGAGCCUAGUCCGAGCCCAUGCACGGGAGACUGGAGACCUGGAGAAGCAGCUCCACACUGCCAAUAUGGAGCACGAAAAUCAAAUCCAAGAGUUCAAGAAUCGAGAGUCACAGGUUAUUGCUGACAUGGAGGCACAAGUCCACAAGCUGAGAGAAGAGCUGAUCAGCGUGAACUCCCAGCGGAAGCAGCAGCUGGUGGAGCUCGGUCUUCUUCGUGAAGAGGAGAAGCAAAGGGCUGCUCGGGACCAUGAGGCUGCUGUCAACAGACUGAAGGCUGAGUCAGAAAAGAUGAAAAUAGAGCUGAAACAGACUCAUGCCACUGAGACAGAGAUGGCGCUGCAAAAGGCCAACAGCAGGCUGAAGCAGAUUGAGAAAGAAUACACUCAGAAGCUUGCCAAAUCCUCACAGAUCAUAGCAGAGCUUCAGACGACCAUCUCCUCUCUGAAAGAGGAGAGCAGCCAGCAGCGGUUCGCUGCAGAAAGGCAGUUCCAGGACGUUGUACAGAAGUUUGAAGAUGAGAAGAAGCAGCUGAUUAGAGAUAAUGACCGAGCAAUCAAGGCUUUACAAGACGAGCUAGAAAAGCGCUCGAAUCAAGCACGAUGUUUGGAGAAAAAACUGCAGCACAAGGAACUGGAAUCACAGGAGCAGAUAACUUACAUACGACAAGAAUAUGAAACAAAAUUUAAAGGGUUGAUGCCAGCAUCUCUAAGGCAAGAACUUGAAGACACUAUCUCCUCCCUAAAGUCACAGGUUAACUUUCUGCAGAAGAGGGCAUCCAUCCUUCAAGAGGAGCUGACGACCUACCAGUGCAGAAGGUAACCACAUGAUGACGUACCUGAGUAACCCAGGAGCGUGGGAUGGAUCUAACCGUCUGGACAGAGCUUUGGAUUUCUUCCCACAGGUUUGAAGAUUUGGAUGUUGUAAAGUAAACUGUGAGAUCAAUGGCAUUUUUUAAUACUUAAAUGUAAUUAAGAUCAUAAAAACAUGCAUCACUCAUACACUAACGGGGUGGUUUUAUUUGUGUCUGCCUACGUUAUUUUUUUUAGCAUUCCUUUUUUUCUGAUUUCCAUAUCUGUGUGCAUCUGAGUGUGUACUGAGAACUGCUUAUAUUGGGAAAAGAAAUGAUUUCUUGCGAUGCCUUGUUAAUGCCUUUACGUAGAAUUUUACCAGUUGCGGCUGAUCAAAAUCACGUUUGUAGUAUCAUAUCAAAAUUUUUAACAUUUACAUUGUUUUCAUGUUCAUGUUCAUAUAUUAUUAAAAUAUUACUUUGUACUUAUCAGUUUUAUUUCUACUUUUUAAUUGCACCUCAUUUGCUAAAAUAAAUAUGACAUGGCAUUUUUUUCCCUAGAAUAUACUGACCAUCUCAAAUUGUGCUACGGGAAAAAAUACCUAUGUCAUGUCAGAAAUCAAAUCCAUAAGUAGUGCAUUUAUUUAGAAUAAAAGUCACUGAGUCGUCUGACAUCAGUCCAAGCAUUUGUCAUGUUGGUUGUCAGUCUCAUCUGGGACCAGAGGCAGGAUAGGGUAUGAAUUUUAUGUAGCAGCUCUGGUUUUAUUGUUACUUGCUUGAUCUCUGAUUUUAUGGUUGCGGUUUAAUUAUAAUAUCCAUUGACGCUCCUUAAGGAAGCCUGAAAAUGUCAAGAUGUGUUGGGAGGACACUCAGCACACCAGCCAGUGAUGACAGAACGAGCUUUGCUCGGUCCCGUUUUCCUUGUGGAGAGAAUUUGGUGUUGGCUCCCAAGGCUGGGUGUUUAAGUCCCCGCCCGAAUGCCAGUAAGCAGUUCUGUGCUGAUUGGUCAACGCUGAUUUGCCGAGGGCACUUUGAAUCGCAGCGGAUGGUCGUGUUCUUUUGGCUGUGCUGCGGUGCCCGCCGCGGGCCUCGGAGGCUGCUGGAAGAUCUGGCGCGUGCGCAGGGCUGUAAUCACCCAGUUUGCUGUGAAAGGACAGGGCAGAAUGGUUAUUCCGUGUUUCAAGUUCUUUUCCCUUUCCCACGCCCAUCUUUGUUGUUUGCUGCCCGAGGAUUAAUUACCCUUUUUUGCACUGUAACUGAGACGUGGGAUGAGAAGGAAGGAGCAGGUUUUCCUU